AUGCUCAAGAAGAAAGGCGCCCCAUCCUUCAAGCCGAAGGCCGGCAUUCGCAGGAAUCCUGCUCCGGCUGCAGCCAAAAGCCAGUCGGGCACUCCUGCUCCCACCCAGCCUUCGGCCUCGAACGAUUCUGUGCUUGCCUCGACCCCAACAUUCACACCUGCUCAGGCACCUACGUCAGAGAGUACCAUUACGACUUCUUCCGUACCUCCGCAGAUCACCGCGACGCCUCCAACAUCCAAUACCGAGGCUCCAAGUACGCAAACUCAGACUGCACAACCCUCACGCAGUGUCCAGGCCCCGGCGAUAGCCGUUCCUGUUGAACAGCCAUCAGCUCAGGCCACUUCCCAUACCGCAACACAAUCGCAAGAUGCUAGCAUACGUGAAUCCACAACUCGAGAUGACAGCACACCUGGUGUGUCUUCUGGGCAGAGUUCAACCACCCAGACCACAACUCCAAAUGACAUACAGAGGGACGCUUCAUCGACCCAGUCCAUACACUCAGAACCUACUCGCUCUGACUUGCCUACAAACUUGAGUAUUUCAGAGCCCUCGAAUAUCAUACAGGAUCCGCCCGUGACUGAGAACUUGCCGGAUGUGUCAAGUACAGACGUGGCCUCCCAAUCAGAGACGUUACUCUCACCGGGACCAUCCAGGAAUAUUGGAACACUUGUAGACGAUUCCCUUAUCACACUGGAAAUAACUAGUACUGCUGGCGAUAGUGAACCGACCACAGAAAGACGAAAGCGCGGCGCACCGGUUACGCCUUCAAUUGAGGUCAUCUCCGCUGGGCCAUCCUUGGAAAACGCUGCAGCCCCUUCCCCGAAACGUCGUCGCACGGCCACCAGUACCGCGCAAGACUCAACAGUAGUAGCUACAGAAUCAAAUGAUUCAUUCCAACCUGGACCUCAGAAAAAGCGAGCAAGGACAACCAAAAAAUCAUCAUCAGAGGCACAACCACAAGAGACUCCGAAUGCUGACUCUCAGCAGGAUGGCGACGCCGGUCCAUUCCAACCGAAGCGAAAGGCUAGAUCCAGGAAGACUACCACCGCAGCGCCUGGUGGAAAUGGCGACACAUCCUCCACACAACCUAAAAAACCAAGGAAGAGUCGCGCUACACGUGUUACAGUGAGCAAUGCCGAUAGUGCCGAUGAUGCUACUGGCCUUGGCGAAGUCAGAACAGGGAGGAAAUCCUCAAAAAGGCCGCGGAAGGAACGCUCGGUCACGCCGGAAGAUGCUGAGCAGCGGGCGAUAGAUCCAAGUAGCUUAACCAUGGCGGAACUCACGAAGGAUCUACGAAUCGGCAAGAAGUUCAGCCGUCACGAUGAGUUACGUGACAGGAUGAAGACUUUGCAGGAAAAGCAGCGAGAAGAACGACGUCUGAGAAAAGCUAACGGUGGAGUCACACCAGGUGAUGAGGAUGCCACAGCUUUGGCAACUGGUGAAGUCCCGGAGAGCUCGCAAACGACCUCAGCUCCGACGGGCCCCAAUGCCGGUGUUGGCUCUUCGACGCAACCAGCAGCACUGGGCCCACAGUUUGAGAUUAUCAAUGGCGAGAUCGUUAUCAACCAGGCGUCCCUGGUGCACGACCGGCACGCUGCAGCGAUGGUUGAUCAUGCCGACAUGGAGGAAGUUGAAGAAAACGAUUUCACGCGUAUGACCAACCAGGCCACUUAUUUGCGCCCAACAAAAAUAAAAGGUCCAAACGCAUGGACCAAGGAAGAAACACAGCAGUUCUACGAGUACUUGCGCAUGUUUGGGACCGACUUCCAGACCAUAGCCAAUAUGUUCCCUGGGCGCAUGAGACGCCACGUCAAGAUGAAGUUCAACCGCGAGGAGAGACAUAAUCCAACAGGAGUAAAUGCGGCUCUCGUAGGACAAAAAGUUGUCAUGAUAGACCUUGCCGAGUAUCAAACACGCACAGGAAAGGCACUGGAGCCAACUGCCGAUAUCGAAGAAGAGCAUCGCAAAAGGCAAGAGGCGCACGACGCUGAGCAGAAACGCAUCCAAGAGGAGGCUGAUGCGGUGCAAGCCGAGAAGCGGAAGAAGCUGCUGGGCACGGGCCAGGAUAAUGGGAAUGCGAAAGUUGCGGAGAAAACCAAGACCAAGGACAAGGACGUCGGCGACGGCAAGUCCAAAGGGGCCACGAAAAGUCAAACCGAGAUUAUGGAAGAGGAGGAGGACGUCGAGGUCAUUGAUGAGGAUGAAGUGGAAGAGCGUCCCACUCGUCGCCGUGGUCGAUUUAUUGGUAUUGGCGGUUGA